CAACUUGAAUUUCCAUCCUAUCAAUUAUAAAGGUUAUUCAAUCAAGAUACGAAAUUUAAAUAGCAAAUUCAGUCGUGUAAACAUACGAAAUAAAUUACCAAAUAAUUAACAAUGUAGAUAAAUACGGAAACUUCCGAUAAGGCACGCGUUUAGAAAUACAAUGCACGGAAAUUACUCGCGUGCUGUUGUUUGUUUUUGACCAUAAGGUAUUCAUAAGAUGAUCAGUAGGGUGAAGCCGUUUAACCAAAACAAUUCAGCAGUUAUCAGUAAUUACCCCCUCCCGUUCAAAAGCAAACAUGAGAAUAUAGUUUACGUAUGUAAUAUGUCGAUUAUAUUACUUCGUCUAAUCCUAGCUUUUAAAGGAUUACCAUACCUUUGAAAAAUAAAGGGUGAAGAUGGCGAUAUAAAAGCAUUUCGUUGAUGGCAGAGGUAUAAUAGUUGUUUUGUGAAGGUUUUGCUUAGCUGGCAGCUUCAUUCGUAGUGGCACAUACAUAGCCGUCAUAAAAGAAUACGCUUUGCUGGGAAAUCGCAUGGUCCUAUACAACCUCUACUUGACUCUUUUAACUCUGAAGUGCUUUAAAAGCCACAACCAAGGAAUCGGUAUAAAUUAGACAAAUAACACCGAUUUCAUUUAUUGUACCUGCAAAAGUUAGCCUACUUUAGAUUUCAGUUAGAAGAAGUACCAGUGGUAAAUAAACAUUACUGAUUUCUGAGAUGUAUUCAGACUAUUUGAAAGCAAAACAAAUAGAAACCUUCAUCUCAAACGCGACAAAAUAUUGCAGCCUACUCCAGGAUGAGACCCAAACGGUGGUGAAAUUGCGGUGGCGUUCAAACGGCACAAACCGACACGCGCGCUUUUUCGUCUCUGCGUAGCUGAAAUCACUUUUGCACUCAAUAUAAAAGCUUUUGAGAGACGAACAAGACCUCAUUCUCUCGUAACUGUUAGACCGGCUUGGUUUUGCGAAGUGGAUCGUACUUCAGAAACCCUAUUGUCAUUCAUGUUACGCAUAUGUAUUCUAAUAUAUCAAAACUAUGCCAAAAUCGUGGGAUCUCAAUAUACGGCGGUGCUCCUGAUGGGUAGACACAACCGUCGUUCGAUAAAUAUCGUAGACAUUUUAACGAUGGCAAGCCCCGUACGGUUAUCCUAGCUUUAGUACUUACUGAUCGACAUGUUUUCAUUUGUCAGGUAUAUUGAUUGGCUUAUAAGGAAAAACGAAUAUGAAAUUUUUUAUAAUACUGGCAACAGUUUUGUUGAUUACUUUGAUUUUAUGUGUUGAUGCCGCUCAAGAAACAGCAGCGAAGUCCCAUAAGAAGCGGCCUACUCGAAGGAUAUUAGACUCUUCCAAUGUAGUAGUCGAAAAACGUCAGCGCAGGAAAAACAGGAACAAAAAGAAGGGGGUUUCGAGAUUGCCCCCGCCGGUUUCUGUGGCUUCGCCAGUCGUGGAAGCUUUCACCGAUAUAUUUCACCCACCCGUAACGGAAUACAGACAGACUCAGUGUAAAGAAAUUCCACCGCAGUUUGCCCUUUGUUAUGACAUUGGGUAUAAAAAAAUGCACUUGCCAAACCUCCGUGGACAUGAUUCCAUGGACGAACUUCAAAAACAAUCCAAUGAAUGGACUCCUUUACUGGCCACCAGAUGUCAUCCCGAAGCGCGAAAGUUUCUAUGCUCUGUAUUCGCACCGGUUUGCGUUGAAGAUUUCAGCAAACCCAUCCCCCCAUGCCGAUCACUUUGCGAAGCAGUACGUGACGGUUGUUCUCCUGCAAUGGCGCGGUUCGCUUACCCUUGGCCACACAUGCUAGAUUGUUCUCAAUUCCCUGCUGACGAUACCCUAUGCAUUCCUUCAGAGACGCCGAAGAUAUCAACGCCCAAUAUGACCCCUUCUGCUACUAAGACAUGUGCGCCUUGCCGUCAAAAGAAAAUAACUUCAAGUUUCAAGAAAAAGCUAUGUUCUUUUGAUUUUGUCAUGAAAGCACGGGUAAAGCUGGUCUCAUAUCACAAAGGCAGUACAAAAAUCUUACUGGAAAAGAAAUCUCGUUCGGUCUUCAAGUGGCUUGAUCAAGUAGACUCAAAAUCAGCAGGUCGGAAAAUGGCUAAAAAGAGUACGAUUUGGAUGAAAGAUGGUUUGAACUGCACUUGUGAUGUCUUGGAUGGUGUACACAGCGACUACCUUAUCGCAGGAUGGCAGCAAGGCAGUAAAUUGAAGCUCCAUAGCAUCACUAAGUGGCGAAGAUCAAAUAAAAGAAUUAGCAAGCUACUGAAACGAAAAAAUUGUGGCAUGAAUUACGCCAAGAAUAAGAGGAGUGGAGGACAUUGAACUAAAAUAUAAGAGCAUCACCACGUUCUAUACAAAGGCACUUCUUCCAAAGGAAUGGAAGAAAAGAUGAGAGCAGGAAGCGAUGACAAUAUUAGUAAGACUGGAUUCUGGAAGAUUUAUCUUCGACUUUUCGUCCCACAAUUAGAGAUGAUGUACUUGGAAAUACCCAAACAUGCGGCGGUGUAAUUGUAAUUAAACUUGAGCAGGAUAUACAAAGGAUUUGUGUAUGUACAAUCUUUCAUAUUCGCUCUAAGUAUGCAUAAUAUCAAGCAUUUUCACAAUCUUUCAUCCGACUAAUAUGUUAAAGAAGCUGGACUAUAAACAAUUAAUAAUGGUUUAGGAUAAAUCU